UCAUUCUCGCUUGAUUCCCCCGGCGAUGGUCGCUUGCCACAUUUGCGAGAGCUUCCGGAUGCUCUACUGGAAGAAUGCGCGAGCUUCCGGGGCCUGCUUCCAUUUCUGAGAAUUCUGUUCCGCUUAUCAGCGAUGGAGCAGGGAAUGCGGGGAAGAACAGGCUACUGGCGGCAUUGAAAGCGUGUAGCCGAUCCAGGGAUUUGAAGGCCGGGAAGGCGCUCCAUUUGGAAGCGAUCCGAGAGAGGCACGACUCCGACACCUAUGUUCUAAACAGCCUGGUAAAUAUGUAUGCAAAGUGUGGAAGCAUGGGGGAUGCCAGGAGAGUUUUUGACAGGAUGAGCAGCGGUCGGCGAACGGUGGUGUCGUGGAAUUCCUUGCUUCUCGGCUAUGCCGAGAAUGGGGAGGAGGAGCUCUGCUUGGAGAUGAUAGCGGAGAUGGUGUCUCAAGGCUGGAGGCCGGAUGCUCUCACUUUCGUCGCUGCUAUCAAGGCUUGCACGAAGAUGGCGAUGAAAGAACUAGGCCGGGAGAGAAAGAUGGUUUUGCUGGAGAGAGGCAGGGAUUUUCACGCUGGAGCUGCCAAGUUUGGAUUCGACAGGGAUGCUUUUGUUUCGAGUAGCCUGGUGAAUUUCUACGCGAGGUGUGGGAGCAUGGAAGAUGCUCGCAAAGUUUUUGACGAGAGAGGUGGUGCUCGAGGAAACAAAAACGUCGUGUCGUGGAACUCUUUGCUCCUGGGGUACGUCGACAACGACGAACCGGAGAGUGCUCUCGAGCUCUUUUCUGUCAUGCAGCAGCAAGGCUUGGCGGAUUCUCUGAGCUUUGUGGCGGCUCUCAAGGCUUGCUCUUGCCUGGCGGUGAGAGAACAAGGCAGACAGGUUGACGGGAGGCUUGUGAAAGUCCGGGCCUUGGAAAGAGGCAAGUUUCUCCAUCUGCAAGCCAGGAAAAGUGGUUGCGAGCUCGAGAACUUUGUCUCAAACUCGCUGAUCGACAUGUAUGCCAAGUGCUGGAGCAUGGCCGAAGCGAGAGAAGUGUUUGAGAGGAUGCCGGAUCGCAGUGUUGUUUCGUGGAACGCGUUGCUGCUUGGAUAUGUCGAGAAUGGUGAAGGAGAUGUGGCUUUGGAGCUCUUUGCUUUGAUGCGGCCUCCGCGAGCCUGUCAGCCAAAUGGCCUCACGUACGUUGCGGCACUCAUGGCUUGUUCCACUCUUGCCAGAAGCUCUCCAAAAGAGAAUGGCGUGGUGCUGGAAAAAAUCACGGCUCUUCGUUCUCGAGCUGCAAAGGCCGGGUUUGCGGACGAUAACUUUGUAGCAAACACGCUGGUGGACGUUUACGCGAAGUGCGGGAGCUUGGCUGAUGCGAAGAUGGUGUUCGACAAGAUGCCGUGCCCGGAUGUUGUGUCCUGGAAUGCGAUGAUUCUCGGCUACGCGGAGAAUGGCAAGGAAAAUCUGGCCUUGGAGAUGUUUGGUUUGAUGCGCCGGGAGUGUCCAGCGAGCUCUCUCAGCUUUGUGGCUGCUCUCAAGGCCUGCACGAGUCUAGCUUUGAGAGAAAACCAAGAACAAGAGGAAGAAGGAAGAGCUUUCAGCGAGAGCAAAGCUUUCAAGGCGGAAGCUCUGGAGAAAGGAAAGGCACUCCACUUUGAUGCUGUGAUGUCGGGGCUCGAUUCCGAUGGUUAUGUCGCAAGCUCGCUGUUAAACAUGUAUUGCAAGUGUGGAAGCAUUGCCGAGGCUCGGAAGGUGUUCCACAGCAUCAGAGACCGCCGGAGUCUUGUUUCGUGGAACAUACUGCUGCUGGGACUCACGGACAAUGGUGAGGCUUCUGCGGCUCUGGAGCUUUUCUCUCGCAUGCUCCACGAUGUGAGAAGUGAGGAGGACGAGCGUGUGAGAGAUCGUUUCCUGAAGAAAGGGAGGAACAUCCAUUUCCAAGUAUUGGAGGCUGGUUAUGACUCGGAUAUAUGUCUGGCUAACACGCUUGUGGACUUCUAUGCCAAGUGUGGAAGCCUGGAGGAGGCGAGAAAGGUAUUCGAUACUCUUGCCUGCCGCAGCUUGGUUUCAUGGACCUCGCUAAUACUGGGAUAUGUCGAUGCAGGUCGAGGAGACGAGGCCUUGGAACUUUUCGCCAGGAUGCAAACCGAAGGCUGCGAAGGUGAUGCCUUGACGCUUGUUGCGGCGCUCAAAGCUUGUGCUAUCCAACGAAAACUCUCGACUGGGAAGGCUCUACACUCCCACGCUGCGAAGCACGAGUAUGAUUCCAAGGACGUUUACGUUGCGAGCGCUCUGAUCAGCAUGUACUCCAACUGCGGCAGCAUGGCGGACGCUCAACGAGUCUUCGACAAAGCAGCUCGCAGGGAUGCCGUGGUGUGGAACUCUUUGCUGCUGGGAUACGCAGAGAAUGGAGAUCCAGAGUCAGCACUGGCUUUGUUCACGAGCAUGCAAGAGCUGCAGAUAUCACCAAACGCUCAGACUUAUGGAGCGGCAAUCAAGGCCUGUUCUAGACUGGAAAGCUUGCGAGGUGUCCAUGCUUCGAUUUGCAGAAGUGGUCUGGAAGACAACGUGCACCUUGCAACCGGUUUAGUCGAUGCUUAUGGGAAAUCAGGAAGCUUGGUUAGCUGUCGACUGUUCUUCGAGACACUCGGAAGUUCUUCCCGGGAUCUGGUAACUUGGAACUCAGUUAUAGCAGGACACAGCCGCUUGGGAGAAGCAGCCGCGGUGGAAGAUCUGUUUCAUAUGAUGCUCGAGCAGGAUGGUCUCCGGGCCGACGGUGUAACUUUCGUGAGUUUGCUCAGCGCUUGCAACCAUGCCGGCCUGGUUGCCAAAGGCAAGAGUUACUUUAAGGCGAUGAGCUCCAAGUAUGGAGUUACUCCAGUGGCGAUGGUGGAAGCGAUGGCUUACGAGCCGGAUGCCGUGACUUGGAUGACACUCUUGAGUGCGUGCAGCAAGUGGAGGAAUUUAGAGGAAUCUACGAGACGUCGACGAACAAAGAAGUGUGAGAUCAUAGGCCGAGGUAUCAAAAGAACUGAUUUCGAUGAUCCCCGUGCAAGUGGGAGAGAUUUAAAGUUCUCUGGUGUGGAUUUAUCAUCGGCUAAGCCAGGAACAAAACCCAGGCACACGCAAGAGCCAACGUAUCACACCCAUCGCUACAGUCCAUUCAAGAAAUGUGCCAAAGACGUAUACGAUAUGAUAGCUACAAAAAUUUAACACUACGAAUCAUGGAAAUGCGAAUAUCUCUG